GCCCGACGCUGGGGUUUCGGCGGCGCCUCUCCUCGGCGGCAGCGUCCCGGGCGGCCGUAGGAGCUCCCGACCGGACGGGCACGGGUGCUCGCGGCGCGCAGGAACCGAGGAGCGGCCCCAGGCCCAGACCCCGCCCGAGGGUCUCCUGCUGCCGGCCUUGCUGUCCCCCGGCCCUGGUGGCCCCCCGUCCCCGGCAGCGCCCGGCCGGGUCACCUUCCCGGCGCCGGCCCCGCCGGAGCGGCGGGAGAUGCUGCCCAAAGCGGAGUCCAGCGACCACAUCGCGGCCUGGGCGGGCCCCGCCGUGCCUCGCGCCCCCACGCUGCCCAAGGCCGUGUCCAGCGAGUUCCUCACCGGCGGUUGGGGGGGCCUGACCCCCCGAGCGGAGCCGGGCGAGCUGCCCGUCCUCGCCCGGCCCCUCGGUCGUCCCGACACCAGCGACGUCUGCGAUGUGCUGCCGGACUGCUCGGGACGAGCCCCGGAGGACGGCGCGUUCCGCAUCACAGUGGUCACCUGGAAUGUAGGUACAGCCAUGCCCCCAAAUGAUGUGACGUCCCUGCUGCACCUCAACACGGGCGAGACAAACGAUGUGGACAUGAUCGCCAUUGGGGAGCAAGAAGCACUCUCUGCCUAUAGGUAUGAGGUGGAAAAGCCGGAUCUGCCUCCAGGACUGCCCGCAAGCUCCCAGCUGCAGGGGCAUAUUGGUGUAAAGGCUGACACUGCUGGAGCUGUGUUGGAGCCAGCCCCCCAGUCCCCUCAGCCUUACAGGUUGCAGGAGGUAAACUCCAAGAUAAACAAACGCUUGAAGGAUGCCCUCUUCACAGAUCAGUGGAGUGAACUCUUCAUGGAUGUGCUGAGCCCCUUCCACUUCAUCCUGGUCAGCACAGUGCGGAUGCAAGGUGUGAUUCUGCUGGUGUUUGCUAAGUACUAUCACCUACCCUUCCUUCAGGACAUCCAGACAGACUGCACCAGGACAGGGCUGGGGGGAUACUGGGGCAACAAGGGUGGGGUGAGUGUUCGUCUCUCCAUCUUCGGCCACAUGGUCUGCUUCCUGAACUGCCAUCUGCCAGCACACCUGGAAAAGACGGAGCAGCGCAAGGAGGACUUUGCCACCAUACUGCACAUGCAGCAGUUUGAGGGGCCCGUGGCUAAUGGCAUCCUGGACCAUGACCUCGUGUUCUGGUUUGGGGACCUCAAUUUCCGCAUUGAGAGCCUGGACAUCUGUUUUGUGAAGUAUGCCAUUGACAGCAAUGUCCUGAGCCAGCUCUGGGAGAAGGAUCAGCUUAACAUUGCCAAAAGCACGUGGCCUGUUCUCAGAGGCUUCCAGGAGGGACCCCUGAACUUCCCACCCACUUUCAAGUUUGAUGUGGGCACCAACAAGUAUGACAGCAGUGCCAAGAAGCGAAAACCUGCCUGGACUGACCGCAUCCUAUGGAAGAUAAAACCUCCCAGCAAGGGGUUGGGCACAGGUGGGCACCGGCCCAGCCAGGGUGUGCUGUCAGUGAGCCAACUGUGCUACUGCAGUCACAUGGAAUACACUGUCAGCGACCACAAGCCAGUAGCUGCCAUCUUUGCUGUGCAGUUUGCUUCCAAGGUGGACAAGCCCCUGGUUGAGAUUUAUGUGGCUGACGAGUGGAGCAGGCCUGAGCAAGCAGUUGUCAGGUACAAGAUGGCUGUUGGCUUCCACCGGAGCUCCUGGGACUGGAUAGGACUCUACCGGGUGGGGUUUCGGCACCCUAAAGACUAUGUAUCCUAUGUCUGGGCCAGGAGUGAUGAUGGGGAGCGCUGCCUGGAGAAGCAGCUGUGUGCACAGGUGAUGUUCUCUGAGGAAGCACUGCCCAAGGGGAAUGGAGAGUACAUCCUUGGAUACUACAGCAACACGUCCAGUAGCAUUGCUGGUGUGACUGAGCCCUUCCAGAUUUCCCUACCCAGGUCAGAGGAGGGCAGCAGCUCAACAGACAGCUCAGGCAGCAGCUCAGAAGAGGAUGACAGUACACUUGUCCUCCUGGCACCCAAAUCCCGUAGUCCCAGCCCAGGCAAGAUGAAACGUCACCGGAGCCGAAGCCCCAGCCUGGCCAAGUUCCAGGGCCUCAUCCUGCGGCCAUCAAGCCGGGACAGGGGUACAAGCCGCAGUCCCUCACCCCAGAGCCGUUGCAGUCUCCCCAGGAAUAUCCCCACCAUCCACCUGCCCCAUGACGAGCUGAGGCACCAUGAAGUCAAAAGCAAGGAGCUGGGGCAGGCAGCUGAAAGCCCAGACGGGAGCUCGUUCUGCCAGACUGUGCAGGAGCAAAGUGGCCUCCGGCAUGUCUCUGCUGCCAGCUCCCUGACCAGGGCUGACCCUCGGAACCUGGGCCUGCUGCCUGCACUGCGCCUGGAGAUGAUUGACCAAGCCCUGGGCCAGCGGCGGGAGAGUGCAAACCAGGGCUAUUAUCCCUGCCAGAGAAUGAGUCCCACCAGCCCCCCAGGCUGUGGCCCCUCCCCAAAGGAGGGGCACAGCCCCCAGGAACUGAAGAGACAUAGCUGUGCCAUGGGCCGCUGAUGCAGUGGCUCCCUUCCUCCUCCCCACAGUGCGCUUGCUGUGUGCUUUCCUCUGCCACGUCCCUGCUGAGACACCCUCUCCCUUAUUUAUUGCAGUGACUCCUCACCCCUGUUGUGUGCCUGGCAGGUAGAGGCCCCUCCUUGCUGACCCCAGCCCAAGCUCCUGCCCUGGGCUGUGAGGUGACCACACAGGGGCGGGUGGGCAAAAUUGGUCUAAUGCAGUUUGGGGAACUUCUCAUGAACUUCUAAGUGCAGGACUCUUGUCCCAUGGGAGGAAUGCUGGCCUCACACCUGAGGUGGCACAAAAGGCCAGGGCAGGGCUCUGGCAGGAAUGGUAUCAGGCACAGAGCAAGGACCACCACAGGGUACCCUGGAGAUCAGAGAUUAAAGCUUGCUCCUUCCCUGCUCUACUACUGUGCCUCAGCCUGAACAUAGUGCAAGUGACAAAAUAAAUGAUCCUGCCCACCCCA